AUGGAUGUUACUAAGGAACUUCCUAAGGAAGUCCAGAUUGAAGAUGUUCAUGGUAAGGUGUUUAAACAACAAGUGAUGUAUGAUUGGACUCCUCCGUUCUGUGGGAAAUGUAAGAUGGUGGGGCAUGAUUGUUCAAGCUCUUGGCAGCCUCAACCUAGAUCUGUUAGACCUGCCAUUCAGAAGAAGACGGUUCAGAAGUGGGUUCCUAAGGUGCAACAAAAUGAUACUAGACCUCCUAUUGUCACUGUGGUGGCUACUCCUAAUCAGCCUAUAUCACAGGUGACUGAUAAGGAUGGUUGGCAAGUUGUUGCGAGGAAGACAAAAGAGAAGGGGAAGAGUUUUUUCUGCUAA